AUUAACCUCAUCGUCUCCAUGUACCGCCACCGCUCCACGGAACUCUUGGGAAUUUCUUCCCCGCGGAAUUCGAGUGCUGCUUCUCCCAUUGGGUAAUACACAUUCUACGAGGGCCUCGCUUGACCCACCUCCAUCCGGUCGGUCCGUUCUUCAUUGGACCGCAUCCAUUACUGGAGCGGCGUUUCCCGUGGGAGUCGCGCUAGUGAGGCCCGAUGACAGAGGACGCCCCGACCGACACUCCACAGGUCCAUCUGGGAUUCCAGAGCAAAGAUCUUGCCGACGCAGAGAAAGGUAAAGCUAAACGUGUCCCGCGUCGGAUCGUCUACUUCCAGAAUGGUGACGAGCUUGAAGAAUACUCCACUGAAGAGGAAGAGGACGAGCCCGACAAGAUCGACUCGGUUGUGGCUGAGUACAACAAAAUGGAUUGGAAGACAAUGGGCUGGGGAUCAUAUAUUGCAAACAUCAGUCUGUUUGGGCUGCUCAAAACUAUUAAGAAAUUUGAGUACGCCGGCGAAGUGAUAUCGGAUCUCUUCGGCAUAACAUCUCCGAAAUACCAAUCGGAAAUCGAGGAGGCGGAACGCAUGGAAGCCGAGGAAGCCGAAGAGAAGAAACGCUCUCAGGAGAAUGAUGCAUCGUGGACUAACGGGCUCUCUUCCGAUCCGCAGCUCAGAACUCCGCAGAAAAGUUUCAAACCUCCCGAGGCAAAGGCUCUAUUCGAUGGAGAGAAAGUCUCGAUCAGUGCUUCUUGAACGAGCAGAGCUUUCUCGUCCCCAUCACGGACAAUUUUCUGUCGCACCAAAGACAAACUACCGUGCUUAUAUUAAGAGGACGUUUUGAAAUAAUAAAGUCUGUACACAGAGACCCA